AUGUAUGUUGUUGUUGUGGCAUGUACUAUUAUUUUGUGGACGAGAGUCAUCGCCGAGGAUCCCAGCCAAUCGAACCACGUUCAUAUAAUUGAUACAGACGAUUCGUCAUGGAAGUUUUCUACAAAUUCUACGUCCGAGGAAGCUCCGUGUUUUACAGAGACAUACUGCGGACCUGUUGAAGGACGGUUAAAUAAUGGCGUCCACAUUUUCAAAGGAAUCCCUUAUGCAAAGCCACCUAUAGGCCAACUGCGUUGGAAACCACCCGUACCUCUAACUAAUGGCGAUGGCUGCUGGAAAGGAACUCUGAAGGCCCUCGAGUUCAGCAAGUGGUGUUUUCAAGACCAACCAGUUCUUGGGAGGGUAGGUGACGAGGAUUGUCUUUACCUUAAUAUCUACACCCCUUCACUCGACCUCUCAGCGAAGCUACCCGUAAUGGUCUGGAUACAUGGCGGGUAUAUGAUGUUUUCAAGUGCAGCUGAGGUUGGUUACCACCCACACGAGAAGACCGUACAACAAACAGGCAUGGUGUAUGUGACGUUCAACUACAGAUUAAAUGCUUUUGGAUUCUUGGCACUCAACCUUCUGUCGGAACGGUCUAUAACGAACACGUCUGGAAACUACGGGUUUAUGGAUCAAAUAUUAGUUCUAGAAUGGGUCCAACGUAACAUAAGGUAUUUUGGUGGCGAUCCUGAUUUGGUCACAAUAUUUGGACAGAGUUCAGGCGGAACGUCUGUUUGGGCGAUGAUGGUAUCUCCUCUGGCUAAAGGUCUCUUCCAUCGGGCCUGGAUGUCAAGUUCAUCAAGUGUAUUCAACGCCACAUUGGAACAAGCAGAAAAAGAUAAUUUAGUGUUUUUGCAUAGAUCAAACUGCAGCGAUGCCGAGUGCUUGUAUUCCCUGACACCAAGUCAAGUUAUGGAUGCAGUUCCUAUUGAUAUAUAUCCUUACUGGGUUCCAGCCGAUGCGUGUGAUUUACCAACGAAAGGCUUGCUAUACGGCCCUAUAUGUAUAGUCGAUGGUUUGGUCGUACCAAAUGCUCCACUGGAAAUUUGGCAGCAGGGAAAAGGAAAUGAUGUUCCGCUAAUCAUAGGUUCAACUGCACAGGAAGUAGAUUUUCUUCCCUCUGAUAUGACCAUACGGUCAUGGGACUGGGAUGAAUACACCAAACAAGUCACAGAAAGACUGGAUACAUUCGGCGAGGCGGUCACAAUGGAAGCCAUGAAACUAUACCCCCACGACGACCCGGAUGCAACCCCCGAACUCAUUUAUACGACUAUGGGAAGUGACAUUCGUGUUAUUUGUGGCAAUGAUAUUGUUGCCAUGGAAGCGGCAAAAUCAUUGACAUCGCCUGUUUAUAGAUACAUUGUAACGUUAAGUCCGUCUCGACCCUUUUCAUUCUUUGGGUUGCCAUGGGAACCCCGUUACGCUUUUCACAUGUGGGACGUGUUUGCAUUUUUCGGAAACGUUCCAUUUUUUCUUCCAGCUCACACAAAAAACGACAUGGCUUUUCAAAAUCUUCUUCAAGGUUUAUUGACCAAUUUUGCAAAAGAAGGCACCAUGCCAACAUCGGCGAAAUGGGAACCAUUCCCCUCGCAAGUCGCACUUUUGUCGACCAACGUAACAACCGUGCACCGUUAUCACGAGCGUCAGUGUAAUUUCUGGACGGACAAUGGUUUUUAUGCAUACUCCCAUGUAAAUUAG